GUGUGAGGCUGCUGAUGCUCCUCACACCUCCACUCAGUCACCUUUAUUUCAGGUUUUUUUUGACCUAUAAUGAGCAGGAAUAAACGUGGUAGUCUUGAGCAGCGAGCUGCAGGCAACAGUAAAUUGUUCGGAAACCCCGAUUUUGAGUGAGGAGCCCCAGCCCAGACCUGUCAAUUAAUAUGGAAGGAAACUCCUUUGUUGUUCCUGGCCACUUGCCGCUAAAGUGGAAUUGCCAUGGACCCCCAGGAGCCCCUGUCCCUGGUCAUCCAUUCCGACAAGAAGCAGCAUGGAUGACCCCUGAAAUACGCAACGAAUUACAGACCCGUAACAGCCUACGAGAGAUGUCUGUGAGAACUGGUAAUCCUGAGGAUCGUCUGGCUUAUCAGACUCAGUGUGAGAAGGUACAGAACAUGAUUGACAAGGCUAAGUCUGGUCUUGGCUUAGCUUCUAGUCACAACUCAGGUGUUAAUAAACAUUACAUUGUACCUCCCCAAGAGGGUCCUGGUUUUAAGAAUGAUAAGGUUGAUUUCUCUGGCCAAGGCUUUGAGAAUGGACUGUCUGAACAUCAGUAUCCUGGCCACCUAAAAGGAUUGCCUAAGGUUGACUCCAGAGUGACGUAUUAUGAGAAUACUUCAAGCUCCUAUUCUCGAAUGACCAGAAAACCUCUCUCCUGUGGGCCUUGCAACCGCACAUUUUACAGCCAGCAGAGGCUCGAUGAACACUUGCAAGACCAUGUCGAAUGUCCUUUUCCUGAGUGCAAACUUAGUGCUCACAUUAAGAUCAUUGAUCAGCACAUCAAUAAUCAACACAUGUUAAUCAACUUCGCCAGUUUACAAAUAGACGACGAGACCUGGAUUGCAGAGAGGAAAAAGAGGUUUCCUUCGGUCCAGAGAGCAGAGCUUCGAAGAGCAGAACAAAUGGAAAAACUGAAGAGGGGUGAAAGGUUGGGUAAAAAUAAUAGACUUUUUAACAAAGAUAAAAAUAAUAAAUUUAGCAAAAUGAGACAGGACAUGACUAGAAAUAGGAACGGCAGCACCACUGGUAAUGUGAAAGAAGCAACAAGUAAAGAUAGAAAUACCACUGCCAAUGGAAGUUUGAAAGAUUGUGCACUGAGUAAAAACACUGUAACUGAGAGUUUAAAAGACUUUGCAACAGGCAGAGAUAAAAACAGCACCACCACUGCCACCACCACCACUAGUAGCUUGAAAAACUUUACAAGUAGAGAUCAAGAUUUAUGUGAAAAGAAUGAAUUAAAUGAGGGUGAGCCAAGAAGUAAAUUAAGAAAAAAAAUGGCACAGAGACACGAAAGGCCUGCUUGUGCCCCCAAGGCAAGCAUUGUAGUAGACCUUUAUGACUCAGAUGAUGAGUUCAAGGAUGGUAUACCUGCCUUCAAGGGAACAAGACAGUUUUAUGAGAGCAUUGGAGAAGUCAGCUAUUUCAGGGAGAAAAAUGCAAACACAGUUGAUGUAGACGAAGACAUCUUAAAGGAGACUGAUUUUCGCAUUAGUGAUGAUGAGGAAUGGCACACGGAGAAUAAAGAUGCAAAUACCAGUUCAGGAAUGCUAGUUCUUGGAGGUGCAUUGGGAUCCUUAAUGGGUGCUUAUUCUGAUUCUGAAGAUGAGAAUACUGAUAUCCCAGCACCUAGUAAGAGUGAUGGGAAACAUGAAACAGGUUCUACACAUACUGCUGCAAAUGAUUCUCAACAAGAAGGCAAUAAAUCUGACCACAAAAAUGGGGGUAAUAAUCAGGAUUUCACUCCAAACGAGCACGGUGCUGGAAAACGGAAAAUACGUCGACGACCAAGGUACCAUAACAAAGGGUCUAAAGGACCUGCAACACAAAAAAGACCCUUUCCUUUUAAAAGGACGGUAACAAAGCUAUUCCCGAAAAGGCGUAAAACUCUGUUAGAGAGACUCUUGCAAGCUGAUAUAAUACAUGAGAGAAAUGUGAUCCUCCAGUGUGUACGUUUCAUUGUUCAAAACAAUUUCUUCGAUGCCAACACUAAUAAAAAUGAUGGUUUAGAAGUAACAGAUUUGCCUUUGAAAAGAAUAGUCCCAGUGGAGAAAAUAUCAGUAGGUGAAACAAUUGAGUCCAUGGGUGAGGAAAAAACUGUUGAAGAUUGUGAAAAGAAAACUGAUGAGAUAGUGGGAAAAGAAACAGAGAAACAUGAGAACAACAUUGAUGAUGCUAUGGAAGUUGCGACAGAUACAAAUAUUGCUAAUGUAGAGGCAGAAAAUGUAGUGAACAUAGAAAAGGAAAAACCUGUUGGAGAUUGUGGAAAGAGAACUGACAAGACAAUGGAAAAAGAAAUAGACAAACAUGAAAAUAUAAUUGAUACGAGGGAAGUUGUGACAAGUACAAAUAUUCCUAGCACUGAGGCAAAAAAUACAGUGAACAUGGAAGAGGAAAAACCUGCUCAAGAUUGUGGAAAGAGAACUGACGACGCAACAGAAAAAGAAAUGGAGAAAUGUGAAAAUAACAUUGAUAAUAUGAUGGAAGUUGCAGCAGAUACAAAUGUAGAGGCAGAAAAUGCAGUGAACAUUUGCCUUGAUCAUCUGGAGGGUGGUAAAAUUUUAGUUAUAGAGGAAAAUAGUUGUUCAAAUGGUCUUGGAGAAAAUGGCAACACUGUUGAAGGAGUAGACACUAAACCUGAAUGCAAGGGGGAAAACGGCAAAGUUGAGAUAGAUGGAAAUACUCUCAGGUUAUCUAGUGAUAUGAACAUGGAAAUAAAUACGUGCCAUACUCAAAAUAAAGAAAAUAAUGCAUAAUUAGUAUAUGAAACCAUUGAUAGUAGAGACUUGAGGGAGAGUAAGAAUAUUAUGUUCAUUAUAUAAGACUUCAUAAUGUACAGUGUGUACAUAGUGACUGAAUGUAUAUACUACAUGCAAGACAUGAGCAUUAAUUGAAAUUUUUUUUUAAGGCUAAUGUAAGUUUCCUCUUGUUAUUUUCGGACUGAUUUCUGUUUGAAAGUGGUCAAGUGCAUGAACACUUGUAUGAAACCAUUUGAGAUGCCAUUUACAAUUUUUUAAUAAUAAAUGUUAUAUUUGUUCUUAGCAAUUGACCAGUGCAUGUUUAGUGUUGUAUGCCUCAUAAAAUGACCAGUGAUAAAUAUUUUUUUUUUUCAACAAAUUGGCCGUAUCCCACCAAGGCAGGGUGGCCCAAAAAGAAAAACAAAAGUUUCUCUUUUUAAAUUUAGUAAUUUAUACAGGAGAAGGGGUUACUAGCCCCUUGCUCCUGGCAUUUUAGUCGCCUCUUACAACACGCAUAGCUUAUGGAGGAAGAAUUCUGUCCCACUUCCCCAUGGAGAUAAGAGGAAAUAAACAAGAACAAGAACUAGUAAGAAAAUAGAAGAAAACCCAGAGGGGUGUGUUUAUAUAUACGUAUAUGCUUGUACAUGUAUGUGUAGUGUGACCUAAGUGUAAGUAGAAGUAGCAAGACGUACCUGAAACCUUGCAUGUUUAUGAGACAAAAAAAUGGACACCAGCAAUCCUACCAUCAUGUAAAACAAUUACAGGCUUUCGUUUUACACUCACUUGGCAGGACAGUAGUACCUCCCUGGGUGGUUGCUGUCUACCAACCUACUACCUAGAGUGAUAAAUAUCCCAAGCAUAAAUUAUUUUUUUUUUUUUAAUUUUGCAAAACCUACAAUCUCUCACUUUCUCUUCUCUCCCUUCUCUUGUAUCUUUAUUGAAAAUCUUUCUUCUCACUUUCUUGCCCUUCUCUUUCCCUCUCCCAUUCUUCUCUCCAUCCUCUACCUUAUCUUCUUGUGUGUGUGUGUGUGUGUGUGUGUGUGUGUGCAAGAAGUUGAAUUUUGGCCUUGCCUUUUUGGCCAUGUUAUAACUAUUCUUAAAGUUUAUUUACCUUAAGUCACUCCACAACCCCAAGUUUAAAUAAGUACAGUGGAACCUCUACUUGCGAGCGUGUCCACGUGUGAGUUUUUCCAAAUACGAGCAGGCGAUGGGUCGAUUUUUUGCUUCCAUACGCGAGGAAAAUUUACACAAGCGAGCAGACCUCAAGGCAGGUUCCUUGACACUGGUGAGGGACUCUUGCUCUUGAUCUUGGGAAUUGUAUCUCAUUUGUUUGUUGGACUAUCUUACUGAAACUUGGGCAAUAUAUGUUGGAAAGAUGCUUCUUAACGUACACCAAAAAUGAAAGAAAUCUAAGCAUAAAUAAUGGAGUUCACUUCUCAGCAAUUAGCCACCCCUUAGUGGUAAUUUCGAAUGGUUUUUAUAGUUGUAUUCUCGUUUUUUUGGUCUCAUUUGAUAGAAUGGAAGAUAUAUUACAGAAAUAGAUAUGAUUUUGAUUGCUUUCAUGACGAAAAGUGCCUUGAAUUAGAGCUCAACCUAGGAGAAAUAGUCCAUUGCUUGGCUGUUUCAGUGUAAACAAAUGACGUCACUGUCCAUUCCAAUAUGCAGUCGUGAAUGGGUUGACAUAUUUAUACAAUUAUUGCAAUAAGGAAUAACAGUAAAUCUUAUAUUUUUUGUGUGAAUAAAAAUUACAAAUAAUUUAUAUAAUAAUAAUAAUAAUGAUGAUAAUAAUAAUAUGUAUAAUAAUAUGAAUAAUAACAAUACGUAUAAUAAUAAUAAUAAUAAUAAUAAUAAUAAUAGUAUAAUACAAUAAUAAUAAUAAUAAUAGUAUAAUACAAUAAUAAUAAUAAUAAUAUAUGUAUAAUAAUACAUAUAUAAUAAUAGUGUACUACAUAUAAUAAUUAUAAUAGACGGCUUCAAACGGCCGUCACUAGAUGGCAGUGUUUACCACAACAAAGAGGGAGUGGUUGUGGCCGCCUCCACCAGUUACAUAAUGACAUAUUUUAUUCAUUCUAGAGUAUAUAUCGUGUUUCUAUGUUAUUUAUAUUGUCUGUUAUGUCAUAUUAGAUGAACUGUGAUAUAUAAAUAAGCCGUAUAGAUGAUAUUAGCGAAAUUAUUCAUGAAGAAUUUUGCCCAGUGUCCAGACAAACUCUCCUCCACUGCCGACUCUGCCCAUACCACUACAUGAAUGACAUAUUUUAUUCAUUCUAGAGUAUAUAUCAUGUUUCUAUGGUAUUCAUAUUGUUUGUUAUGUCAUACUAGAUGAACUGUGAUAGAUAAAUAAGCAGUAUAGAUGAUAUUAGCGAAAUUAUUCAUGAAGAAUUUUGCCCAGUCUCCAGACAAACUCUUGUCCACCGCCGACACUGCCGUACCACUACAUGAAUGACAUUUUAUUAAUUUUAGAGUAUAUAUCAAGUUUCUAUGUUAUUUGUUUAUUAUGUCAUAUUAGAUGAAGUGAGAUAGAUAAAUAAGCCGUAGAGUUGAUACAGUGGACCCCCGGUUAACGAUUUUAAUCCGUGCAAGAGGGCUCAUCGUUAUGCGAAAUAAUCGUUAUGCGAAUGAAUUUUCCCCAUAAGAAAUAAUGGAAAUAAAAUUAAUCCGUGCAAGACGCCCAAAAGUAUGAAAAAAAAUUUUUUUUACCACAUGAAAUGUUAAUUUUAAUACACACAAACUGAAAAAGGCAUGCACAAUUACAUGACACUUACUUUUAUUGAAGAUCUGGUGAUGAUUGAUGGGAUGGGAGGAGGGAGAGCAUUAUCUUCUUACUGUUUAGAAGGGGAAUCCCCUUCCAUUACGACUUGAGGUAGCAAGUCCUUUUCCGGGGUUACUUCCCUUCUUCUUUUAAUGCCACUAGGACCAGCUUGAGAGUCACUGGACCUCUGUCGCACAACAAAUCUGUCCAUAGAGCUCUGUACCUCCCGUUCCUUUACGAUUUGUCUAAAAUGGGCCACAACAUUGUCAUUGAAAUAGUCACCAGCACGGCUUGCAACAGCUGUGUCAGGGUGAUUUUCAUCUAUAAAGGUUUGCAGUUCAACCCACUGUGCACACAUUUCCUUAAUCUUUGAAGUAGGCACAAUGGAUUCCACAACUGGCAUAGGCUUCUCAGGGUUAGCCCCAAACCCUUCAAAAUCUUUCUUAAUUUCCAUACUAAUUCUCACCCUUUUUACCACAGGGUUGGCACUAGAAGCUUUCUUGGGGCCCAUGGUCACUUAUUUUCCAGAAACAGCACCGAAAACACUGUAAUAAUACGAAAUAUUCCGAGUGUAUGCUUGGAUGUUACCGCGGAGGCUGGCUGGUAAACAAUGGGACGGCCGGCACAUGUGAGGCUGGCUGAGGGCACAUUGGACGCGUCUCGGACGAAAAUCGGUAAGCGGGUUUUUAAUCGGUAUGUGCGGCAAAAAUUUUGCGAUAAAAGUAAUCGGUAUGCGGAAAAAUCGCUAUGUGAUGCCAUCGUUAUGCGGGGGUCCACUGUAUUAGCGAAAUAUUGAAGUACAGAAUUCCACUGGAACGGAUUAAUUGCAUUUCAAUUAAUUUAAAUGAGGAAAAUUGACUCUGCAAAUGAGCAAAUCCAGUUGUGAGCAAGGUCAUGGAACGGAUUAAACUCGCAAGUAGAGGUUCCACUGUAUAUACAGACAUACCUUGCUAAUAGAGCACCUUGCUAAUACAGUGCUUUUUAGUUGAAUAUCUUCGUGUUUAUCAUUUUCGGUGGUGACGAGCACAGCUGACCAGCGCCAUUUUUUUAUUUAUUUUUACUUUUGCAUGUUUUUUAGGCCUAGCACUAUUGUGCACAUAAUAAAUGAUAGUGUAAACGUGUUUUUUGGCUUUUAUAUGCACUGGCUAGUGGAAAAAGGCUGUGAUUUGCUUUAUAGCGGUGGUCUUGAACCUAACCUGCCAUAUUAGUGAGGUAUACUUAUGAGUACAGUGGAAACCCGGUUUUCAUUCAGCCCGGUUAUCGUACAAUUCAGUUUUUGAUGACUUUUUCGGCAAAAUUUUCCCCAUUUUUUUACAUCUGCUCGGAAAUCAUCCAUACCAGACGCGUCCACCUGCCCGCGGGAUGUGCCGCUCAUACGUUUGUGACUCAGUCUGCCUUUGUUGUUCGUUCAGUGAGCAUUACUCUGCACGUUCAUCCGAAACAAGACCUUCAUCUGGAACAACAACAAACCUUAGCUGAGGAAAUUGUUUCAGAGGAGGAAGAAGAGAGAGGGGAGAAUGUGCCUUCUUCAGCGAUUAAGGACAUUUGUGCAAAGUGGAGAGAGGUGCAGUUUUAUGGAGAAAUAUCACCCUAACAAAGCUGGUGCAAGCCGUGUCAGUAACAUGUUCAAUGACAAUGCCGUGUCCCAUUUUAGGGAAAUCUUAAAGAGACACCAGAAACAGGCCUCUCUAGACAGAUUUUUUGUGCGACUGGGGUCCAGUGACUUUCAAGCUGGUCCUAGUGCCAGCAAAAGUCAAAGAAAGGAAGUAACUCCAGAUAGGGCUUUGAUACCUGAAGUCCUUAUGGAGGGGGAGUCCCCUUCCAAAUAAUAACUUCUCCUCACUGUCUUCCAUAUGCCAACAAGAGUCUUCAAUAAAAGUAAAAGUGAUGUUAAAUGUUCAUUUAUCCAUUUCAUUCGUCAUUUAUAUUUAUUUCUCAUUGUUUUCUGUAUGUAAAACUAUAGUUAUUCUCUAUAAAAUGUAUUUUUUAUUCAUAUUUUUGGGUGUCUGGAACGGAUUAAUUGGAUUUCCAUUAUUUCUUAUGGGAAAUAUUACUUCAGUUUUCAUACAAAUCAGUUUUUGGCCGACCUUCUGGAACAGAUUAAAGAUGAAAAUUGGGGUUCCACUGUAUUUCCUAAUGUCCCUCUAGCUAUGUUCCUUAGUCCUCCAUCCCUGCCUGUCAGAUAGUCUAAGAGUGUCUGCCCUUUCAAACCUAAGUGUACCUCUAUGUUAUCAGGCUUCCCUAGUCCUUCAGUUGUAGUUCUUUGUUUUUCCUGAGGUCAGUCUUAUUGUAAAUCUCUGGUCUCUGUCUAGAUGCUUUCUUACCUAAUUUAUGGAUGGGGUUGCAUAAGCAGUGAAUGACAGGGUGUUAAGAAGUAUAUGAUUAAUGCAUUUGUACUACCAAGAGCGUAUCCGUCAUACGCAUCAGUGAUUCCAUAACAUUUGCCAUAAGCAGCCAUGAAGCAGCAGUAGAUUCAGCAGAAGGAUUUGUUAGCUUUACAUGACUAUUAGUGAGCGAUGACUCUCAUAGACAUCAGGGAAGAGCCAACUUCUCAAGAUGAAUGAGAUUAAUGAAUCUGUUACAAAGUGACUGUUGUUUCAAUUGAUAUUUGCUGAUGGCACAGUUCUUUUGGGAGCUUCAGAAGAGAAGUUGCAAAGGCUGGUUGAUGAAUUUGGGAGGGUUGUGUAAAAGAAGGAAUUUAGAAGCAAAUAUACAGAGGAGGAAGGUAAUAAGAGUAACAAAAAGUCUAGGCAAUGAAAGAUUAGAUAUAAGACUGGAAGGAGGGAUUGUGAAGGAAGCUAAUGUAUUCAGAUACAGUGGAACCUUGACUUAGGAGUUGAAUCUGUUUCAGGAGCUAGCUCAUAACUCAGUUUACUCGUAUAUCAAGUUAAUUUUCCCCAUUUAAAAAUUAAUUGAAAAACCAUUAAUUUGUUCCUGCACUCUGGAGAGACGAGAAAAAAUACUUGAAUAUGACGCUAUUAUCAACUGUAUGGCUUAUUUAUCUAUCACAAUUCAUCUGACAUAAUAAACAAUAUAAUUAGCAAAGAAACAUGAUAUAUACUCUAGAAUGAAUGAAAGAGGCCAUAAUAUGGUGGCAGAGGCAGUGGCAAAAGCAUUGCCAUUUCUGUCCCAAUUUGACUGUAGUAUCUUCCCAUGUUCUUACUGUAAGAGACAACGGAGUAUUUUUGAGGUUAACUGCAGUAGAUCACUAGGACCCAUGGUUAGAAAAAAGAAAUUUGGCCAAAUGACUGUAAAAAAAUGCAAUCACAAGAGAACUGCCCCCACGGGGAUGUAAACAUGUUUACUGCUUACCAGCUGUGCUAUCAGCUGUGCCAACUAGCAGAAGCAAUCUGAAUUAUUAUUACGUAUGUAUUAUGCAUUAUUAUUAUUAUUAUUAAUUUAGGGAACUGAAGCUCUAUCAUUACUAUAAUAAUUAUUAUUAUUAUUAAUUUAGGGAACUGAAGCUCUAUCGUUAUUAUGAUAAUACAGUAGACCGCCAUUGAAGAAUGACUGCACAAUUUUAUGUAACACGUCGUAUAAUUAAUUUAACAUGGUUCAGUUUGUGGGAAGGAAAAAAAAAUUCUCUUUUGCUCAAGUGGCCACCUUGUGUAGCAGCCAGGGAGCCAUCCCCUACCACUACCCGACACUUCCCCAUAAUCCCAGCACUCCUAAUUCAUACGUGUCCAGUCUUUCUCUGCUACAAGGCAGCUGUGUUUGUCAGUUGUGUUAUGAUAUUUUAAUUACUAUAUCUUGUAUCUGCCAAGCAAUUAUGACACCCAGCAGCCAUACUAGUGUUUCUGAAAGUGGCACAAAGAGGUAUAAGCACUUAAGUCUUAGAAUUAACAAAGAUAUUAGAUGAGAUAACCUGUAGCCGUAAUUGAAGUGUUACUUUGACUGACUGAAUGACUGACUUACUGAGUGACUUGACUGAUUUACUGAAUGACUUGACUGAAUUACUGAGUGACUUGACUUUAAUAAUAUUAUUAUAUUAUUAUUAUAUUGUUAUUGCUGAGAAGAAAAAGAGAAUGAUUUCCAUAGAAUUAAAGCAUGAAAUCAUAGAUAAACAAGUGAGGUGUCCAGGUUUUGGGUUGAGGGGGAAGAGAGAGGGGGGGAGCUGGCUCGUAACUCAGAGCAAAAAAUCGACCCAGGGAUGGCUCGUAUCUCAAAAAACUCGUAAGUCAAGGUUCCACUGUAUUUUGUAGUGGUCAUUUUGGUAGAUGGGAUUAUGAAAGAUGAGAUGAACCAUAGAAUAGACAGGGAGGAGGGGAAUAGGUAGGUGGUUUGUUAAGGCUUCUGUGUAAAGAAAGAAGCUUAUGUAUGUAAACAAAACAGGGGAAUAUACUAGGGUAUAACGGUACCUACACUUAUAUGGGUGUGAGGUAUGGGCUUCCGAAAGGAUGAGGCUAGAGAUAGUGGAGGUGUGUUUGAGAGCAAUGCGUGAUGUGAAUAUUAUGCAAAGAAUUUGGAGAGUAAAAAUUAGAAAAUAGUGUGGGGUGACCAAAGUUAUGAUUUAGAGGGCUGAAGAGGGGUUGUUGAGGUGGUUUGGGGUUUUAGAAAUGUUGAAGCAGAAUAUGAUGAUCAGUAGGAUGUAUAAAGAUGGAUGGAAAGAAGGAAGGUUAGGGUUGUCCCAGGAAGGUUUGAAGGGCAGAGGUAGAGAUUGUGAGUGCUAGGGAAAAGCCAGGUUUGCUAGGUGCAUAUAUGCUGCUAAUGUUCCAGUGUUGUGUGUUUGUGCCUCCUGUAGUAUAGUACUUAGUACACAUAUCACAGUUAUGCUGACCCAAGAACCUUUGCCUUGUUUAAAGUGUACAUCAUUUGUUCCCAUAAUCUUUACCCCCAUCUCUGGUCUUUACCAUCCCUGAUUUUCAUAAUUAUGCACUUUUGGAGGUUGAAAUCUAGUGUUUUGACCAUUCUGUAGUUGUUCAAGUACUUAGAGCUUUUGCUUUCUUUCCAUUUGUUAUUCAGUAGUUGUACACUGAUCAAGAAUAGUGAAAUAUGAUAGUCUCUCUUCUGGCUUGUCAUUUAUAUAAUAGAGGAGCAGUACCAGUUCCAUUACUAUUUCUUGUGGGACACCACUCAUCACGUUUGCCAAUUCUGGUACAUCCUCCCUAACCAUUAUUCUAGGUCUCCUUCCCUCAGGCCUUCAGUAUUUUGUAAUGAUUAAGGCAGUGUAUGACCAAUUGUAGCUCUUCCUGAAGAAUUUACUAUAACGUUGAUUCAGUAUAGUAUUUUUAGUGUUAUCCUUGCUUGCUUUGCUACUUUGUGGAACAAAGCAGGCAGUAAUGUAAGUAAGUUUAUUUAGGCACAGGUACACAUAAGUACAAAUUAUCAUACAUAGUGUAAAUUACCUAGGAUAACCCCAGAAAAGACAGACGUAGUGACUUAUUUCCAUUGGUAUUGUACUGACUGACUGCUAAGCAAUUUUGAAAUAUGUAGUCUGUCUCUGUAUAAGACAAAUAUAGGUGAGUAAACAUGCCCACUCUGAAUUAUUUCUAAAUUUACUUCCUUUAGAACUUUAUUAAAAAAAAAAUUGUUUUGAAUUUAGAUUCUAUACAGGAAUACAGUAAUGGUAAGAUUUAGAAUUAUUGUACCAACCUUCACAGUAUUUGUAUUCAAAUAAUAAUUUUAACUGUAAACAUGCACUGGUAAUGAUAUGUUUCAAAAUAAAAUGUUCCUGUUAAUUGAUAUAAUUAAUAAAGAAAAAAUUGGU